UACACACUAAUGCGCUCUACAUUCUCCAGUUUUCUCUGCGAGUCGAGAGAAGUAAUAUCAAUUUAAAAUUUCUAAAACAAUUUUUGAUUUGUUAGUGUGGUGUUCGAUACAUGUUAUGAAGUGAUUGGUUUUUUCUACAAUCCUUUGUGAAUUGUAUGUUGAGACCUCAAAGUGCCACUUCUCGUCAAGAAUCCGAAAUGGCCUCCAAAAGUCUAAGAGAACUCCAAGCUAUGGGCAAUUCUGCCGACCCCAUACAAAGACUUCGAUUAUUAUGUCUCUCAAGAGGCGCUAACGGCAUUUUGGGACUUGGGAGGAUAUUCAGAAGAAUGGAUGAUGAUGGCAAUAAAAAUUUGAACUUGGAAGAAUUCACGUUGGGCCUGAAAGAAAUGGGAAUGGAGAUAAGUGAUGAUGAGGCAAAAGAGAUUUUUGAGAAGUUCGAUACAGAUGGUAGUGGAAGUGUCAACUUGGAUGAGUUUUUAGUUCAUAUAAGGCCACCACUGAGUGAUUCCCGCAAAAAGGUUAUUGAAGAGGCUUUCAAAAAAAUGGAUAAGACAGGUGACGGUGAAAUAACCAUCGAAGAUUUAAAAAAUGUUUACAAUGUCAAAUCCCAUCCACGUUACAUUUCUGGGGAGGAAAGUGAAGAGUCAAUUUUGACGAAAUUAUUAGGAAAUUUUGAACAAGACGCAACCAGAGACGGAAAGGUAGAUAAACUUUUUUUCGUUUGUGCGUUCAUACAGAAUGAAAAUAUUCACACCAAGUCGGAAAAGAAGUGAAUAUUUCAUCCUUAA